UAUAUAAUAUAUAUCUAUAUAUGAUAUUAACUGAUUUCGUGUAGUCUACCUGUAGGGACUUUAAAAAAAGUAUUUCAGAUUGAAAAUGAGUAAAACUAUUACUGUACUAUCGUGUCUUUGUAUUUUCUGGGUAAUUUAUAUAUAUCUUGGAAAUACAUUCAGAAAUUGAUGCUCAUAAAAAUGUAAGGACUGAUUAACUAGUUAUAACUUGGUGUCAUCGUCCCAGACACCAGCUGCAAGUACACCCCUCUCCGUGUCUGUCUGUCUCUCUCUCCUUAUACUUGCACACAAUUGUAUAUUGUGUACACUGUCAAGCUUUAAAUAGCAAUACGGGUAGUUAAUGACGUGUGUUUAAAUGCAUUCUGAUGGAUGAUUAACCACUUAGGUAUUGAAAGACUUGGGUAUUCCGUGCGGGUAUAUUUAACUGAGCCACGAUACUUGGAAUUUGGUUUAAAAUUGAGAACAUUUUAAAGUUUGAUUAUUGAAUAUUUUGAAGGUCACGGGUAUAGCCCCAUUGUGGGGCAGGGUCACAGGUCCUUUGGAUAUAACACUAUCAAAGUGAGGACCCGUCUGUGACACACAUGAUAUGUGAAUCAUCCCUGUGGUGGUAUCAAAAUUCUUUCAACUCUGAUGGCUCCGCUAAGGUUUCGUUUUUCCAAGAAAGAUAACUCCUUCAACCAAACGUGAACACUUCCUCAAGGAGUCUGUCGCUCCUGUGGCACUGUAGUACUGUACAUUUUAUUCCCGGGGUUUUCUGUGUAUGAAAUAAAUGGAGAACAAACUACUAAGCUGCAUUAUACUUGACCAAGAUGCUUUUUAUGACGUCAGAAUGUUAGCGGCUGACAAGAGGCAGCAGGAUUGGAUUAGUGAAUAUUUGGAGGAGCUGUCCACAGCGUCCCGUGCAGAAGUUCUAUACAGCCGCGAAACCGUCGUCUGCUAUAACAAAAAGCAGGAGAUCGCCAAGAAGUUGUGGAUUUCGGACAUCAUUAUGUUGGGGAGUUCCCAUGACGGACUGUAUCUAGAGCGACCACUUCCGCUGAUUGAGGACGGGACUUAUGUUAACGACACUGACGUAGAUGUGGUCUUUGAAUUCACAGGGGUCAUUAUUACAGAAAGCCAGGGAGAAGGGCAGGGAUCUUUCUUUAUGUUGGAGAACACAUUUCCCGGUUACGUGAAAAUGCGCGUGGUAAAUCGUAUAGAAGAAGAAGAUUCCGAAGAAUAUCUUUUGCCAAUGGCAUUGAGAGAAAAAUUGGAAACUGCGAUAAAUAGUAUGAAAUUAUUUAUGUUCAUGCAGGGAAACACGCGCGAUGGUCCAGCACUCCACGGUGCAAUAGAAGACGAGCUCGGGAUACAUUUCCUGGAUUACGUAGUGUGCAUGUCGAUGUCUUCAUGGCCGUCCGCGGCCACCGAGUUCCUUUCACGUCCGAGAGCUUCCGGAUGGCCAUCAUCUGAACUGAUCCAGAAAGCAACAAAAGGGGGUUGCGGAUUCGUACCAGUGGGACAUCCUUUUAGUUCCGAAGCGCACUUAGAAUGGCGAAUCUCUUUUGCAAUAACGGAGAAAAUCCUUCUCCUGAGCCUCACCACUACACAGAUAAGAUCGUAUGUUUUCUUCAAGGCUAUCUGCAAACUAAACUUAUUUGACGAGGAUGAACCAUGUUUAACAUCGUACAUGUUGAAAAACGUUUUCUUCUGGGUCUUAGAAAACCUUCCACUACAAACAUGGACGCCAGACAACUUAUUCCAAUGCAUACACGCACUUGUUAAAAGACUGGAGACCUUCCUAGAAGACGGGUGUUUACCAAAUUAUUUCGUUCCACACAGAAACAUGAUUCAACACAUAAAACUACAGGUGAUUUUAGACGUAAGACAGAAACUCGCUAUCAUGAAAGGAGACAUCUUGGGAGUCAUUGCUCGCCACACUGAUAGUAAGGAGAUUUUCUCCGUAAUCGAUUUAAAUUACUCCAGCCUGUGUACCAAACUUUCUGGUACAGACCACGAAAACUUGUCGCUUUUAUUGUCGGAUGUUUAUUUCAUUGUGUACCUGACACUACGUCUCCAGUCACUCAGGUACUUAUCAAAUCUAAGCAUCCCCACUGUAAUGUACAUCAAACAACAGAGAAAAUGUAGCAUGUUCCAAGCCGUUCCAGCCUGCGCCGCACGCUACCUCAUAAACGCCAUCACACACUCCUAUAAUCUAGCUUUUCCUCUUUUAAAGUGUAAAGAGACGAAUUCACUAACGUUAGACAUCUCUUGUUUGCGAAGACGAGCUGUAGCGUUCAUAGGAACGGAAAUUUACAAAGGAAAGAUUAAAAGGGUAAUCGAUGAUCAGGAAUUCGCCCUCCGCAAGGAAGUAACGGAACUUCCGGAAUUUUCCGAGUUGGUGGACUGGGUCGAUUUAACAUGCCGAUGGUGUGGUGCCCCGCCCCUUAUUGAUGGUCAGAGCAAAUGGAUUGUGUACGAUAUAGACUAGCUCAAACAAGUGAUUAAAGCUACUGUAAAACACGAAAAUAGCGAACCACCAGGGCUAUCAGAAACAGUUCGUUAUAACUAAAUUCUGUUAUAUCCAAUAGAUUUGCGUGAAUUCGUUAUAAGUGUGUUCGCUAUAAGCGUGUUUUACUGUACAAGGAAUCUAAAUGUUGCAGGACUGUAGCGAGCUGGAUAGGAAAAACAACAAUCCAAAUCAUGGUGGACGACCAGAACAGAGCUGUUGUGCUAUCAAUUGAAACAAGGAUUGCCCGAAUUUUCUCUGUAUUUAUGUAAAAUUAUUUCACAUCAACGCCCGUGGUGUCCAUGUUGUUGCUGAUGAAUAAUGAGUUGAAUUAUCUGAAAAUAAAAAAAGACAAAAUAAUAAAAUGUGUGCAGAAAUGUUA